AUGCGAGGCCCUUUUGUGUGCCUGAGAUAUGCCAGCCCAGGCGAAGGGCAGAGGUCAGGCAGUCACACUCUAAAGAUCCCCAGCCAGAGGGUGAGGUCGGGCUCGGUCACCCACGUCAUCCCGAGUUCUUUGCCUUCAUCACCAUCACCACCACCACCACCACCAUCAUCACCAUUAUCAUCACCACCACCAUCACCACCAUCACCACCACCACCACCACCACCACCAUUAUCAUCACUACCACCAUCACUGCCACCAUCACCACCAUCACCACCACCACCAUCACCACCACCAUCACCACCACCAUCACCACCACCAUCAUCACUGCCACCAUCACCACCAUCACCACCACCACCAUCACCACCACCAUCACCACCACCAUCAUCACUGCCACCAUCACCAUCACCACCACCAUCAUCACUGCCACGCCCAUCACCACCAUCACCACCACCACCACCACCACCAUCAUCACUGCCACCAUCACCACCACCAUCACCACCACCACCAUUAUCACCACCACCACCAUCACCACCAUCACCACCACCACCAUUAUCACCACCACCACCAUCAUCACCAUUAUCAUCACCACCACCACCACCAUCACCACCACCACCACCAUUAUCAUCACCACCACCAUCAUCACUGCCACCAUCACCACCAUCACCACCACCACCAUCACCACCACCAUCACCACCACCAUCACUGCCACCAUCACCAUCACCACCACCAUCAUCACUGCCACGCCCAUCACCACCACCACCACCAUCACCACCACCACCACCAUUAUCAUCACCACCACCAUCAUCACUGCCACCAUCACCACCAUCACCACCACCACCAUCACCACCACCAUCACCACCACCAUCACUGCCACCAUCACCAUCACCACCACCAUCAUCACUGCCACGCCCAUCACCACCACCACCACCAUCACCACCAUCAUCACUGCCACGACCACCACCACCAUCACCACCAUUAUCACCACCACCACCAUCACCACCACCUCCACCACCACCACCAUCACCACCAUCACUGCCACGACCAUCACCAGCAUCACCACCAUCACCAUCACCACCAUCACCACCAUCACCACCACCACCACCGCCAUCCCCAUCACCACUGCCACCACCGCUUACCCGCUGUGGGCCGCAGCUCACCAGCUUUGUGAGCCAGCUGGGAGGACGCCGAGUGACAGCUGACUCCCCGCUCACAGCAGCGAGCCGGGCGGUGUCACGGUGUCUGGGCUGGCGUGGUCCAGGCACCCAGGUUGGUGCUCGGGAGGGAGCAGCACAGAGUCUGGGCAGCAGUGCUCCCGGCGUCACCGCCAGCCCAGGCGCCAGGGCCGGGCAGGGAGGUGGCCUCCGCCUGGGCGGCUCCUGGCCGCGAGCCCCGCCUGCUGUGGUGCCUUCAGGCGGCCAGGGGCAGGCGGCCGCCGUGUGGGCCCACCCGGGAAACCAGGGCCAGAGCCGCUGCUCGCUCUCCCUGCCCGGGCACUGGGCUGGCCCCGACCGCCUGGCCAGGCAGCAGCAGCUCCAGGCGGCCCCGGCCCGCCGGCUGCCCGCCUUCCCUGGGGACCUAGCCCAGGCCCCCUUUACGGGACAACUGCACUGGACACCCAGCCCUGGCCCUGAGGCGGCCUCAGCGGCCCAUGGGCACUGCAGCUGCCCGGGGCGCCCGGUUUUCUGUCGGCAAAGCAAAAAGGACAGCGGCCUCGCUCCCCCGCCGCCGCCGCCCAGCCCUCCCCGGCCCACGGCACCUCCCCGUCCCCCAGGGCCCUGGCUCGGAGGGGACCCCUGCUCCCGCAAGGCGCACAUCUGCCCUGGGAUUCCAGGGGCCCUGGGCAAACCGGCCUGGUCCUUGCCUGUGACCCACAGUGACAGGGACAUGGCCCGGCCAGGCCCGUGCGGGCUCCGGCGCCAGGGCCGGGUGGGCACCCCGCUCUCCUGA